UCAAAACUAGGGUUUUUCCUCUGAGAGCAUUUCAUCUACAAGAGUUGUCUCCGUCUCUCCGCCGUCUAAUCCACAGCAGCUCCGCCGCAAUCAUGGCCGUCGGUAAGAACAAGCGGAUUUCCAAGGGCAAGAAAGGAGGGAAGAAGAAAGCGGUUGAUCCGUUUGCCAAAAAGGAUUGGUAUGAUGUUAAGGCCCCAUCAGUUUUCAGCACCAGAAACAUCGGCAAAACCCUAGUUACUCGUACCCAGGGUACCAAGAUUGCUUCGGAAGGGCUCAAGCAUCGUGUGUUUGAGGUGUCGUUGGCUGAUCUUCAAGGUGACGAGGACCACGCUUUCAGGAAGAUCCGUUUGAGGGCCGAGGAUGUUCAAGGAAAGAACGUGCUCACUAACUUCUGGGGCAUGGACUUCACAACUGACAAACUGAGAUCACUUGUCAGGAAAUGGCAAACCCUCAUCGAGGCUCACGUAGAUGUCAAGACCACUGACAGCUAUACACUAAGACUCUUCUGCAUUGCCUUCACAAAGAAGCGUGCUAACCAGCAGAAGAGGACUUGUUAUGCACAGUCUAGCCAGAUUCGUCAGAUUCGCAGGAAGAUGCACGAGAUCAUGGUUGCCCAAGCACAAUCUUGUGAUCUCAAGGAGUUGGUUCAGAAGUUUAUUCCCGAGUCGAUCGGGAAAGAGAUUGAAAAGGCAACUUCUAGCAUCUAUCCUCUGCAGAAUGUCUACAUCAGGAAAGUCAAGAUCUUGAAAGCUCCCAAGUUUGACCUUGGCAAGUUGAUGGAGGUUCAUGGAGACUACACUGAAGAGGUUGGUGUGAAGGUGGAGAGGGCCGAAGAGACAGCGGCCGAGCCAACUGAAGUCGUUGGUGCUUAAUUUCAUAUUCAUCAUUAAAUUAUGCCAUGUCUUGUUUUCUUUUUGCUCGUUUAUAUCUUCUAUCGUAAAACGUGAUUUGUACUUUGUUUUUUUUGAAUUAUUUAGGAAAGAUUUUGAUUUUAAGAGAGUACUACAUUUCUUUUGGAGACACUAGUAGUUAUGGCUAUGUUUUGAUGAUUUGCAUUCCUGUGUUCUAAUAUUGAACUACAGAUCUGAUAAUGAAAUCUCCGUAGUUUCAUAUU